CUAUGGUGUAAGGUUUUUAAACAUAGAUGAGCAUGUACCAAUAGGCACACAUCGGCACCUAUAACUUUGAUUUUAUCAACGGAAUGCAAAUAUGUUAGGUUAUUAUUUACACACAGAGAUCCUAUAAAAUGCCAAGAAGAACCAGAAGUCUUUGCAGGAUUGGACUGUUUGGCAGGCAUAUCUCAUCUAAGAAAUGAAGGAAGAGACUUAGGGGGAAGUAAGUUGCUCCGUCUCUCAUUGGCUUGUGAUUGUCCCUUACUCAUCAUAUAAACCCAAGAUGCAGUCACUGAUGAGAGCAUAGAAGAUACUAGAGACUCCACAGAGACGUAGCACAAAAUCUUACCAUGCCAAACUACAAACUCAUUUAUUUUAAUAUGAGGGGGAGAGCGGAAAUUAUUCGUUACAUAUUUGCUUAUUUGGACAUAAAAUAUGAAGACCACAGGAUAGAACAAGCUGAUUGGCCUGAAGUCAAAUCAACUCUUCCAUUUGGUAAAAUCCCCAUUUUGGAAGUCGAUGGACUUAACCUUCACCAGAGCCUGGCAAUAGCAAGAUACUUGGCCAAAAACACAGAUUUGGCUGGAAAAACAGAAUUGGAACAAUGUCAAGUUGAUGCGAUUGUGGACACACUGGACGAUUUCAUGUCACGUUUUCCUUGGGCAGAGAAAAAACAAGAUAUAAAAAAUCAAGUGUUUAAUGAGCUACUUACAUAUGAUGGACCUCAUCUGCUGCAAGAUUUGGACACAUACUUAGGGGAAAAGGAGUGGCUUACUGGUAACUCUGUAACUUGGGCAGAUUUCUACUGGGAAAUUUGCAGUACCACACUUUUGGUCUUUAAACCUGACUUGUUGGACAUCCAUCCCAGGCUGGUAACAUUACGGAAGAAAGUUCAAGCCAUUCCUGCUAUCGCUGACUGGAUACAACGAAGGCCCCAAACCAAACUCUAGGUAAUGUGUGCUGCCUCUAAGCUUUGUUAUUCGCAGCAUCACUUCCAUCAGAUAAGAAGCUAUGUCAGCCUGCCAUGGAAUCUACACACUCCCCUCCGCAGCUCCACCAACUCUUUCACUUUUGCCAUAUUCUGUUUUAAAAAAAAAAAGAGGGGG